AUGUUAUAUGUCGUGCUGCAGCACCAGGCGAUUGGAGUGUAUGGACAUCACCAACAACUGCAGCAGCAGCAGCAGCAGCAGCAGCAGCAACACCAGCAGCAGCAAAAGCAGCAGCAAAAGCAGCAGAUGCUGCUGCAUCUGCUGCUGCUGCAGCAGAAGCAGCAGCAGCUGGUGCUGACCCUCUAUGGGGCUUGGCGGGAAGCAGCAGCAACCGUCAAGGAGACAGAUCUCGUUUCUGCUUCUGCUGAUGCACCCACAGCGGCUUCGUACUUCGCUUCAGCGCAGCAGCUGUUCUUGCUGCUGUGUACUUUAGUUGGUUCUGCUGCUGUUGCUGCUCCUGCUGCAGCAGCAACAGCAGCAGCAGCAGCACUUGGUGCUGCCUGCCCCUUCUCUGCUUUUUUCGCGCUGCAGCUGCUGCUGUUCUUUGCUGCUGAGCUGCUGCGGCUGCUGUUUGCUUCUCGCUGCUCUCCAGCAGCAGCAGCAGCAGCAGCAGUUACAGCUGCUGCAACUGCAGCAGCAGCAAAUACCCCUGCAACAAGCAGCAGCAGCGACAGCAACAGCACCGAAGACACAGAAGAAGACGCAGCAACACCAGCAGCAGCAACAGAAGCAGCAGCAGCAGCAGCAGCAGCAGCAGCAACAGCAGCAGCAGCAGAAGCAGAAUGCAUGCUACCACCUCUUCGCUUAGAAUAUUUAUUUGCCCCUGUCUGCGUGGAGUUGUGUUUGCUGCCUCUUGCUGCAGCACACCGGGCAUUCGGAGACAAACACCAGGAUGAAUGCCUGCAGACAAUCCACGAAAUCGCGGAAAGAGAAGUCAGCGCAUUCGAAUUCAACUUUGAUAUACUGCAGACGCAAGCUCCUCUUCCUGCUCGUGUGGUAGCUGCUCCUCCUAGUAGUAGUGAGGGCCCGUGGUUGGUGUUAUUUUUAUCUCGGCGUUUAUCUCCUUUGCUGCAGCUGCAGCAGCAGCUGCUGCUGCAGCAGCAGCUGCCGCAGCAGCAGCAGCGCCGCUGGCAGCAGUGGGAAACCCUCAAGCAGCUCCUGCUGCCCCCGCUGCUGCCGCUAGAAGGGGCCUCCUCAAACCUCCCGCUGCUGCAGGGGGGCGUGCUGCGGCUUGAUGCUUCUAUACUGAAGCUGCAGAGGUGGCUGCUGCCCCCGCUGCUGCCGCUAGAAGGGGCCUCGUCAAACCUCCCGCUGCUGCAGGGGGGCGUGCUGCGGCUUGAUGCUUCUAUACUGAAGCUGCAGAGGUGCCUAGACACCCCAGAAGCAGCAGCAGAAUCUCUCAGCCCUAGACGUCUCGACGUUGCUCUCGAGCAGUAUAUCGAUGAUGUAUUAAAGAGAGAAGGGCCCAGGGGUUUGAUGCUAGCUGGCGCUGUUGCGCCCCCCACCCAGAAUCUCCCGAAAACCCUUGAUAGGAGGGUGAUAAACAGGUUUUUGGGUGAGUGGGAGUUUGAUAGAAGCAGGAGUACGAGUAUGUCUCCUAUAGCGGAGCAACUGGGGGUCCCCUGGUUAAUAAGAAACGCUAUAGAGAAACUAAACCCUACAAUAGAAUAUAAACUACAACACAGAGACGGACAGCCAGAGUUCUCUAUCAAAACGAAACUCACCGCAGGCAUCUCAAAGACAGUGCGUUUGAAUCUGAGUGGUGCUGACGUAGAAGCAGAAGACGAAGACGUGGGGGCCUGGCGGAGUGUAACGAAGCUGGAUGGACUUGUGCUGAAAACAACACAAAAAAACGAUAAACAAAAAGCUACGCUCUAUGAAACCAGAGAAAUUAAACCUGAUGGAAAUGAGCCUUCGGCUGAGCAGCUGGCGGAUUCUGAGGGUUCGACAUCGACGGCGCCUUCACCUGCCAAGACACUGGAGGCAGAAGAGGCGCAGCAGCAGCAGCAGCAGCAACACCAGCAGCAGCAGCAGCUGCAGCAAGAACCGGCAGAGCCUGUUCCUGGGUGGCAUAAAUUUGGACCCCGGGUUAGUUAA